AUGCUCUCCAAUUCAGUCGCAGGGAUAGAGGAUAUAGCCGAACCAUCGAGACCUACGAGGCGGAACAACCUCGCUAGAGAGAGAAAACCCCGAAAGAAACGAGUGCAAUUCAGUUGCACAGAAUGUCGAAAGAAAAAACUGUCCUGUGAUCGGAAUGUGCCUUGUCAAAGAUGCGUAAGAACAGGGAGGAGAGCUCAAUGUUUAUAUGAGACAGACAAGUCGCCUUCUUUCAACGACUCGGUCCUGCAGCAAGAGAAACAGAUUCAAAGCCUUCAGGCCCAAGUCGCUAAGCUGAAAGCAUUGCUUUCUCAGACACCUCCAUCGCCUGAGACCGGACUUUUGGCCUCGAUUCCCAGCGUGGUAGGUGACCGUGACCAUGCUAAACCCGAUAGUCCAGGGCCAUCGUAUAGAAAUUCCAAAGAAGAUGAGGCUUCGAUCGGCAACGCCCAUGACGGAGAUGGAUAUUACUCACCAACAUUUUUAUGGACUGAGUUUGACUACGACACGAUCCGGUUGGAGAAUACCGAACUUUCAGACCCGAGGGAGAGAGACCCACAAGGAUAUUAUAGCCGACAUCAUCUCUUCCAAUUUUUCAGCGAGGUCCCUGAGCUAUUUCCAUUUAUCAGGGAAACAGCUGACGAAUGGCUUAAACCGCUCGGUGUUUAUCUGACAAAAGACAAAUUCACCAAAAAUGGCUACGCUGUGGAUCCUUCGCUUCAAAAAGGGGUAAUGCUAGAAACUCUCCUCCCUCCCAAACAGGAUACCGACGCUCUGGUUUCGUUGUAUCUUGAUGGUCUAGAACAAAUUCAUCGAAUAGUUCAUAUCCCUACAUUUAGGAGAGAAUACACCGAUUUUUGGCUACCCGAGCGGCCUCAGGACCCUGCCAUGACGACUCUUAUCUUGGCUAUGAUAUCCAUAUCAACCUGUGCUACUACUCGCUCCGCUGAAGCCACGUCCAUACCAACAAGGUACCAUGCCAUGUGUACGAGAUGGAUUUAUGCAUGCGAUGCGUGGUUAAAGCAGCAAAGCCCAAAACAUCGCAAAAUUGUUUAUUACCAGAUAUCCUGCCUAGUCUACAUUGCGAAGCGAGUGGCCAUGGUCGGCAAAAAGCGAUGGUGGAAGGAGACUAGCUCUUUGACCCAGGAUGCGAUUAUAGAUGGAUUACAUUGCGAUUCAUCUAGCACCGACACAUUCUAUGAAAGGGAGAUGAAAAGAAGAAUAUGGGCUACCCUUCUAGAAUUAGAUCUGCAGAAUGCCUUUGAAUACGGUCGCCCGUCACUCCUUCAUGGCAUCAAUUCUGAUGUCUCCCCCCCUAUAAAUGUCGAUGAUGAUGGCUUCAUCGAAUCAUCGAAGGGAAUCCCCACACCAAAGCCACUUGAUGUUUAUACUUUUACGUCUUACCAAGUCCAUAGUGCUCGCAGCAGGGCUUUACGUCUUAAGAUAUCUGAACGAUUAUCUAGUAAAAGGCUUUCGGAAGAUCUUAGCUAUGAGGAAGUAUUGCGAUACACCCAUGAGAUCAUGCAAGAAAUAGAAGCCAUUCCCUCCUGGGAUGCUGGAGAUACUACGACGGGAAGCAAGUCAGAUUUACCAAUCGUUGCUAAUGCUUUCUGCAUUUUCCAGCUGAAGGAAUGCAUUCUAGCGCUUCACCGGCCUUACCUACAGAGAAACGAUGGCAGGUACUGGCUCUCAGAAACAGUGUGCUAUCACACUUCGCUAGAUAUCCUUCUCCUGAACAGCCGCUUAGCGGAGCUGGGCUAUCAAAGCCUGGUGACAGUUAGGAACGAUCUGUUAUUAGCUUCGUUAAGUCUUGUUCGCAUUGUCAUGCUACAGCCCAAGCUAUCAAAUAGCAUCAUGGUGGCAAAUUCUCAGUCUGCAAUUGACCUCCUUGAACGGUGUGUUCCUUCGAUGGAAGAUAAACAUCUAUGCUGUUUUCAUAGCGAGCUUUGGUGCUUUAUUACAAUGCAGGCAGCAAUUAUGCUGCUGAAGGUUCAUCUUGAAAAAGAGUCCCAGCAAACAGCAAAGGCUAUCUGCGCACGGAAAUUCUUGGACCUCCAUUAUAGGCAAAUGGAGAGACAGAAGAUGUCCGUUCCCAACCAGUGGGGUCUGGCUCCCCCGGGCCUUUUCAGACCAGUUUUAUGUGAGUGGAGUUGA